ACAGAGCCGCAGAGACGCCACGAAAUCGAAGCCCCCUCUCUCUCUCUCCGGGCUUUAGUAGAGUGUGUGUCGGCAGAGGGCCUUGGAUCACUAUCCCCUCGGUAUCUCCGCCGCCUGAGCCGACCCGACAUUGUACAGCACGCGCCAGUAUGCAACCGCAGCGCCUCCCCUGGUCCGGGCUGUUUUUCGGGCUGUGGGCUCUGCUCGUGGUGCAGAGCACUCUGUUGGUCCCGGUCCCGGCGCAGCUGAAGCAUGCCGCCUCCGCCAAGUCCAACCAGCUGUGGAAGCCGGCCACCGCCACCUGGUAUGGCGACCCCGAGGGCGACGGCAGCGACGGUGGGGCGUGUGGGUACGGGUCGCUGGUGGACGUUAAGCCCCUGAGGGCCCGGGUGGGGGCGGUGAGCCCGGUGCUGUUCAUGAACGGGGAGGGCUGCGGCGCCUGCUACAAGGUCCGUUGCCUCGACAGGAGCAUCUGCUCCCGGCGGGCCGUCACCAUCAUCGUUACCGACGAGUGCCCGGGGGGAUACUGCUCCGGGGGGCGGGUCCACUUCGACCUCAGCGGGGCCGCAUUCGGCCGCAUGGCUGUCUCCGGCGAGGGCGGUCAGCUCAGGAACCGAGGCGAACUCCCAGUCAUGUACCGGAGGACGCCGUGUAAGUACCCGGGGAAGAACAUAGCGUUCCACGUAAAUGAGGGCUCGACGAACUAUUGGCUCUCUCUUUUGGUGGAAUUCGAGGAUGGCGAUGGUGAUGUCGGCUCAAUGCACAUUAGAGAAGCGGGCUCGACCCAGUGGCUGGAGAUGAAGCACCUGUGGGGGGCGAACUGGUGCAUUAUUGGAGGGCCUCUGCAAGGCCCGUUCUCGGUGAAGAUCGCGACUUUGUCCACCUCGAGGACUCUCUCCGCCCGCGACAUCAUUCCCCGUAACUGGACUCCCCGAGCCACCUACACUUCCCGCCUCAAUUUCACCUGAAUCUAUAAGCACGUAUAGCUUACCCCUAUAUAUAUAAUCGUUAGUAUUUUUCCUGACACAGGACCAGCGAUUCAGUGGUGGGGUUUUCUUUAACUUUUUUUUUUUCUUGUUUUUGUUUAUUUAUUUAUUUAAUGUUAUUCUCCUUCUUUUUUUUUUUGGUGGGAUUUUUGACCCCACCUUUUUUGUAGUGUGUGCAUGCGUGUGAUUGGUCGUGUAGUUGAUGAUGUAGCCCUCUCCAAAGGGAGUGUGAGCUUUUCAUGACAUACAUAUAAUUUUAUAUAUAUCCAUGUCUUUACGUAUAUGUAUUAUUGCCAAUGUGAGCACUGAAGUUUGUUAGCUUAGCCACUUUGGUUUUUAAUGGAAUUGACAGAUCGUUUUGUGUGAA